CCCCAACUUGCAACAACUCCGGGACGGGAUUGCAGGGGGAAAGCUGGAGCUUCGCACCAGACUUGUUGAUCGCUGGUACGAGGCGGCGGAGGGAAGUCCCGGAGCUCGCCUUCGUGCCGGGGGGAGGGGGGAGGAAAAAACCAGAUGUGGCUCCAUCCUCCCAUGUAGCGGGGGGCGGAGGAGCAAGCCCGGCUGACGAAGAAGGCCUCGGGGAGCUUCUUGCUAAAGGGCGCCGGAAAAAUCGUGCAGCUUCCAGGCGCCGGGGACCGGGUCGGCCUCGCUUCCCUUCCUCCUUCGCCCGCCCCCUUUCUCCGGGGGUCUUGGACAUACUGGAAUUUGCUUGUGAGCUUUCCGCAUCAGGCUUCCCCGGCGAGAUGCACAGCAGCGUCUCCCUGGUGCUCGCCCCGCCGGCCGAUGCAUGAUGCGGCCCCAGGCUCGGCGCUGAGGGCCCGGCUCUGCGUCCGCCGCGAUCCCGGAGGAGGAGGAGGGAGCUCUUCAGCAUGGAGGGGAAGGAGAACAGGUGAAGCGACCCGGCUCUGAAGAGUGAGCGUCCUGCCCAGCCACCCCUGGAAACCCACCCCCGUAGAGCCUUACGGAGACAGAAAUGCCUGCGGGGAUGAAUAAGCAUGGAUCUCGGUCUACUACCUCUUUGCCUCCAGACCCCAUGGAGAUCGUUCGGAGCAAGGCCUGCUCCCGCAGGGUCAAGCUGAAUGUGGGGGGUCUGGCGCAUGAAGUUUUAUGGAGAACCCUGGACAGGUUGCCACGGACCAGACUGGGUAAGCUCAGAGACUACAACACUCAUGAAUCCCUCAUGGAAAUAUGUGAUGACUAUAACCUGGAGGAGAACGAGUAUUUCUUUGACAGGCACCCGGGGGCAUUUACUUCAAUCUUGAACUUCUACCGCACGGGCAAGUUGCACAUGAUGGAGGAAAUGUGUGCUUUGUCCUUCAGCCAAGAACUGGACUAUUGGGGGAUCGAUGAGAUCUAUCUGGAGUCAUGCUGCCAGGCGAGAUACCACCAGAAGAAAGAGCAAAUGAAUGAGGAGCUGAAGAGAGAAGCUGAGACACUGAGGGAAAGGGAAGGAGAGGAGUUUGAUAACACCUGCUGCGCCGACAAAAGGAAAAAACUCUGGGAUCUUCUAGAGAAACCCAACUCUUCAGUAGCGGCCAAGAUUUUGGCAAUCAUUUCCAUCAUGUUCAUUGUAUUAUCUACAAUUGCCUUGUCACUUAACACACUUCCUGAACUACAAGGCGUGGAUGAAUUUGGACAAACCACAGAUAAUCCUCAGCUUGCCCAUGUGGAGGCAGUAUGCAUUGCAUGGUUUACAAUGGAAUACCUCUUGCGGUUCCUAUCCUCGCCUAAGAAAUGGAAGUUUUUCAAAGGCCCACUGAACGCUAUUGACUUGCUAGCUAUUUUACCCUACUACGUCACUAUCUUCCUCACAGAAUCAAACAAAAGUGUACUUCAGUUCCAAAACGUACGAAGGGUGGUUCAGAUAUUUCGGAUCAUGAGGAUACUCCGAAUUCUUAAGCUUGCCAGGCACUCGACUGGUUUACAAUCCUUGGGAUUUACACUGAGGAGGAGCUAUAAUGAGCUUGGAUUACUCAUCUUGUUUUUGGCCAUGGGCAUUAUGAUCUUUUCCAGCUUAGUAUUUUUUGCAGAAAAAGAUGAAGAUGAUACAAAAUUCAAAAGCAUCCCAGCUUCCUUCUGGUGGGCAACUAUCACCAUGACAACAGUAGGCUAUGGAGACAUCUACCCCAAAACUCUUUUAGGUAAAAUAGUAGGAGGGUUGUGCUGCAUUGCUGGAGUACUAGUGAUUGCUCUUCCAAUCCCAAUCAUUGUCAAUAACUUCUCUGAGUUCUACAAAGAGCAAAAGAGGCAGGAGAAAGCUAUCAAGCGCAGAGAAGCACUCGAAAGAGCAAAAAGAAAUGGCAGUAUUGUCUCCAUGAAUAUGAAGGAUGCUUUUGCUCGCAGUAUAGAACUGAUGGACAUUGUGGUAGAAAAGAACGGUGAAGGUGUAAGCAAAAAGGAUAAAGUUCAAGACAAUCACUUAUCUCCCAACAAGUGGAAAUGGACCAAGAGAACUCUCUCAGAAACUAGCUCUAGUAAAUCUUUUGAAACAAAGGAACAAGGAUCUCCAGAAAAAGCUCGGUCCUCUUCUAGUCCCCAACAUCUGAAUGUCCAGCAGUUGGAGGAUAUGUACAAUAAAAUGGCAAAGGCUCAGUCACAGCCAAAUCUUAACACUAAAGAGUCAGGUCAGCCUGGAAAGCCAAUGGAAGAGCUAGAAAUGGAAACUGUUCCUGGCCCUACGGUCCCUCUGCUGACAACCCGCGCAGACGGGAUCAUUGACAUGAGGAGCAUGUCAAGUAUUGACAGUUUUAUAAGCUGUGCUGCAGAAUUUCCUGAUUCUGGGAGGUUCUCCCACAGCCCACUUGCUACACUUCCCUGCAAAGGUGGUGUUAAUCCGAUUCAGGAGCAAGUCAGGCCAGAGGUGAGCGGGGCCAGGUUUAUAGAGACAAAUCCCAACUCUGAAGGCAGCCACCACUCUUCUUUUUUCAUAGAAAGUCCCAAAGGGUCCAUCCAAGCCAGUAAUCCUUUAAAAUUAAGAUCUCUGAAAGUCAACUUUAUGGAAGAGGACACCAGCACAUUAGUACCAGCAUCAAAUGUACUGAGAAUAUACCCAGAUCCUUUCAAGAGCAGGGGAGUUGCUGCUGCAGAUAGCUCCCUACUCUCUGAUCGAUCAUUAGUGAGUCCAGAAACCUCCAUCUAUACUACUGCAAGUGCUAGAACACCCCCAAAGUCUCCAGAGAAGCAGACAGCAAUAGCUUUCAACUUCCAUGAUGCCAGCAUACAUAAAUACAUAGAUGCUGACACUGAUGACGAAGGUCAGUUGCUUUAUGACUCAAGCCCUCCCAAAGGCCUCCCAGGAAACAUAAGCCCCAAGUACAGUGUUACAAACAGUGGUUAUCUAAAGCAAAAGGAUACCAUUUAUAGAACAGAGAAGAACUAUCUAGGGGCUGCUGCUUUACCCACCUCGCCUAAGUUGAUAGGGCAAAACUGCAUUUACUCCAUGGAAGGUAUUACUGGAAAAAGCCAGGGCAAUCAGGAGAUGGUCAGACUAGAAAAUCACAUUUCACCAGAGGUCCAUGUAUUACCUGGAGGACACACUAACAUACGUGAUCAAAGCAUCUGAUGCGUGCUCCCCAAAAAAACUUGUUGAAAGUUAAAAGAAAUGUCUUUACACUCAACACAAGAAAAGAGCUUCUGCAUGGCAUGAACUUUGACUGAAACAAGCCACCUGUUUCUAAAAGUCUAGGAGGAGGUCCAGUGUGGGUUUGUGAAAAUGUCCUUCUUUGGAACAGCUAUACUAACAUUGCCCAAACUCAUGCUACCAAUGUCAGUCAAAAUAAGGACUACAAAUCUUGAUUACACAUCAGUCUCCUUUCAUGUCCUCCAUUGAAGCCAGUGUGACCAAAUAUACAUCCAAUCCCCUUGUAUGAUGGAUCUCCUUUUGGAAAUGUUAACAUCUGAUUUGCAUUGCUUCUGUAAAAGAGGCCAAAGCAGCCAGAUUUAAACUCUGGAACAAAUUACUGGGGUCGGUAUAAAGUUAGCAGAAAUGCAACACUCGCUGCUUCAGAGCAGCUGUUCCAAAUAUUCCCUUCCACAGCUUCCUCUCUGAUGGAUACUAUGCCUAAAGGUAACAGGGAACACUCUCACUAUGGGGAAAAUCAAACCAUUUAAAACAAUGGUGGUCUAGAGAAUUAAAUUAUUAAAAUGCUCUCUGUGUGUUUAUACAAAAUAAUAGUACAAGAUACUGUAGGACCUGAAGUUUUAUUUUGAAAUAUCAGCAGGGUGAGUUGCACCACUUGUAUCUAAUUUAAAACACCCCCCAUUGGAACAUAGUGAAACCCGUGGCUAAAAGCAGUACUUACUUUAGGGCUAUAACAUGGCCCUAGAAUAAACAACAGCCCACGCUGGGAGAGUGUGAAGGAGCCAUGCAGAAGGAGAAAUCUCCAGAGCCAUUUUGGUUGACUCUGCCAGAAUUCCUCCACGGUGCUGGGGGACAGUACACUUAUGUGAGAGCUCAGCCCUUUUAUUGGGUGUAGCAUGCUCUUGCUUACUGUUCCACUACCCCACGUCGGCUGUCCUGUGCGGAAGGGUGGGGCCUGCGCCCCGGCCUCGUUUGGAGAGUCCAAGCAUAGUGACAGCCCUAGGUUGUACAGUGCUUGUGUUGUAGCCAGCCCCUGUACAGGAGGGCAAGGAAUGGCAGGGAUGGCUCCUUGGGCUUCUCCCGCUGCCACUCGCACUCUCAUGCAAGGGUCACCUUGGAAAGUCAGAGAGGAGCUGGUCGGUCAGAAGCGUUUUGCACUCAAGCCGUGUCAAAUGAAAAGAUAUGCAAGUGUUAAACAAAUAUGCAAAAAGAGGGAUUGCUGAAUUCUGAACCACUGGCCUAGUUGUGCUCUCACUUGUAAUGAUGCAAAUCAGCAGCGACUCCUCAGAAACCAAACAGAGUUAUGCACGCGCAAAAUGGAAGCAAGUCAGAGAAGAAUCAGGUCCAGAAUUUUAAUAUCAUUCAAUCAGUUUUUUAGAAUUGACCAUUUUAAACAAAAACACAACUAGCAGUCACCAGCCUAGGUUUUGGGUUUUUAAAUAUUGUCCUUCAAAUACAAGUUGCAUCAAAUUGUGUAGGAAAGUAAUUUUUGUUUGGUUUUUAAUAUUUAAAAGUAAAAGCACUUUAUGUUGACUUUUUUUCCUUCACAAAGGUGGAACAACAAAACAGAGUGCACAUAUAUAGAGAGAGAGAGAGAUAAAAAGAAUCUAGCACUUUAAACAAGCACUAUCUUAAUUUGUGCCUCCUGUCAUGAAUGUGCUUUGUUACACGUCUGUAACAAACCACAAUCCGUCUUGUGAUAACUGUGAUGGUAACCAUUUUAUGUUGCGUCUGUUUUACUGUAAAAGUAAAUUGUAAAUAAUUUAGUCAAUAAGCAUUUCGUACAUAUUUAUGAGUACCUGCUGGGCUGUGUAACUACUUGCAUGCAACAGGUCUUGGUACGUAAACAUAACGUGUAACUUUUUAUAAAGAAUACAUUAUGUGUUGGAGGAAGCCCAUGAACCACCUGUGUCUGGCGCAUUCUGUUCCUUUCUCUUGUGAAAUAGCUGUUGAUUAGUCCUGAACGUAACGAAUGGUCUGUCCAUCCAAGCUGUAUGCCACUUCUGUCUGCGAUCAGUAAGAGUGAGUGCAGCAUGUACAGACAAAAGCAAUAAGCACAUGUAUGUUUUAAGGAAUCAUUAUGGGUUGUAAGUAUAGUUUUUUAGGUCUCUCCUUGGCACAAUACUGUACACAUGCAGGGAUCCAUAUGUGCUGCAGUUAUCUUGAUAAUUCCCCUAGGGAAUUGGGGUACUUUCUUUUACUUGCUUUUACCUGUUAAUUUCCUUGAGUAAGGAGUAAAAACUGAGUAAUAAUUGCAAGAAUUUGCCCGGUCACUGGAGAGCAGACCUCAUUCCAUGCAAAGAGUUACACAGGUGGUACUCAAGCUAAAUAAAAAGUACCGUACUCACAAAAGCAUCUUCAGAGAACCUAGAUAGGGCCAAUUCCUGAGGGUCCUUAGCUUUUGUUCUGUCCUUACUCAGUCAAAACCCCCAUUAAUUUGAACGGGAAUUUUGCCUGAUUAAGGAUUUCAGGCUAUGGCCUGUAGUAAAUACAAGUGUACUUAGGGGAACUAUUGUAUUGCUGAGAUACUUGUUAAGAUUGAGUCAUUAUUAGAAAGCAAAGUUAAAGUGACUUUCCAGCAGAUAAGCUUUAAAUAUUCAUUUAUUCUAUGGGCUCUUAGACCAUAGAGUGGAAAUGAGAAAUUUUAAAGAGAACAGUCUUAACAUAAUCUCUAUGUUUCAGUAAUCAAUCAGUCAUGUCUGCCAUCAGCACAAAUGUAAAAAAAAAAAAAUUAAAAAAAUAAAAAAAAAUCAGGGAAAAAUAACUUUUUUGAUAAAGUAAAUAAUAGUGAUUUCCAAUUUAAAUGUUUUUAGAGCUGAUGCUUUCAUGUGGAAAAAGUCAUAUUUUACAUAUCAGGAAAGUGGAUGUUUAAAUAUAGCCAUAUAGUGUAGUAUUUUCCAGACCUUCAUUCAAAUUGAUAUACCAGUAUUUGGUUUAUAGAUGGCACUGACAAAAAUGUACAGAUCAAUAAUUACAUCAUUUUUUACCAAUAAUCAACUGGUGCAACUCUCCUUGUAACCAAAGGCCCUCUCUCUGCCUUGUGUGAUCAGUACGACACACACCUUAUAUCAUCAGUUUAGUCUUACCUUUAAAGUAGCAUUUUAUGGAGUCACUUUUGAAAGCCAAGUUCAAAAGUAUCACUAAAAAAAUCUACCUUUUAAGUCUUAAUAGCCAAAGUCCUAUAGAUUUCUUAUAGAAAGAGAUUAUUUUAAAGUUAAGCAUAUAAUAUGCUUAAAGAGCAUUUCUUUCUUAUAUGUGUGUGAAGAUGUAGCUCAGAUUUGUGCCCAGUUUAAAAAUAUAUAUAAUUAACUUAUUUUAGUGAAAUAAAGUUGGAAUAAGAAGUACCCAUAUGUGUGCCCAUAGCACAUAUAUAUAUUAUGUAAGCACUGGGAAAUCUACUCUCAAAUGAAAAGCUAAGCUAGAGUAAGUCUGUACUCAUUACAAAAGAAAGGGCAGUGCUUUGAAAAAAAAAAAAUUUAAACUAACCAAAUCCUAUAGGUAUUUAAAGGAUGGUUUCAUUUUGCAGUUCAUUUGCUACACAUUUCCCUGACAUUAUAAAACUGGGCGACGGGAUGGGACAGGAUGGGAAUAUGCGGUAUCUCUUGCAUCAGGCUAAAGUCUGCAGUUCAGUCACUAACAUCUAGCGUCCUGUACUGUGUACCAUGUGUCAAGCAAGCUGAGAGAGGGUUGCCUACUGCUGCAGAGGACAUUAUAUCUGAAAGACCAUGUAUGCGUGAUGUCUGGAGUUCUUGCUUGUAACUCAAUCAAUCAAUUUUUUUUCCUUUAAAUAUAAAUAUAUAAAUAUAUAUUUAUGUGCGGAAAGAAUGGGUGCAGUUUUUUAAACGAGGAGGCAAAGAUUCUUUGACUUUUAGCUUUGUACAGAAGAAAACAGAAGUAACUUAUUGUAGUAGAUUUCUCAGUGCCUUUUCCAAGACAACUUCACCUAAGCACACUUAAGGAAAAAGAAAAACAGUCUCUCCUGUGAAACCCACAUUUGACGAGAGGUUCAAGAAUCUAUAAUGUAGAAGAAGAAAAAAGAAAACCACUGGAACGCACAUUCCCUUUCUGAACAUGCUGUGUGUCAAAGGCCAGGGGAAUAUUAGUCUGUGCACGUCACGCAGAAACAAAUCCAAUGGGGUUGGUUUCUUUGGCAACUAUGGCUGUGAUAAACUGUAGCCUUUUCUUCCCUUGCAGCUAAUAAGAAAAACAUUUCUAAGGAAAACAGUAUUCUCUUCUGUAAAAUUGUAAUGUAUUGUUAAUAUUUGUACCUAUUGUAUAUUUAUGUCUUCACAGAAUUAUGACUGGUACAGUUUAUAGUAAAUAACAGGGGUAUUUAAAACUCAUUACAAAAGACAAGGUUUCUAAAGCCAGGUUCUCUCUCUGUUGAUAAAUUCCACAUAAAUGUUAUCUACAAUAGUUUUGAACGCCUCAUUUUAAGCAAACAGUAGAUUUACUAAGUAAGGUAAUGCAACAAUGGAAACUGUAUGGCAUUUAUGUUGUAUUACAUAGCUCAAGCUCAGACAGUCAACAAAAUGGGGAGUUUGAGCUUCCCAGACUACUCCAAGAUUAGUUAAAAUGAGAUAUUUAUUUAAGAAAAGCUCUCAGAUUUUUAUCAAUCUUUAAGCUUAUGGUAACCAAAAGGAACAAAGCAUUAUCUUAGAUUGCUUUAGAAUCACCCAGUCGGGGAGAAUAUGGCUUUAAAUAGUUCUUGAUUAAAGUACAGAUGUUCUAGUUACCUCUGUACCUUCUGUUUGCCAUUGUGUUGGCUCUAUAAGUAUCUGAUGUAUUGGAAAGUCAUGUGACUUUCAUGCAUUCCAGAGUAGUCUAUUUUUCUGUUCAGAUUCAAAAAAUUAUAUAUAUGAAAUAUAAAUAUAUAUCUGUAUUUUUAGCAAAUUUAUAAUAGGGCAAUCAAGUCAAAUUUCUUCUUUUUGUAUUACAGAAUAAUAUAUUAGAGGCUUUAUGGUUGUCCACUUAACAUAGCUGAUUUCCUGACCUCUCUUUUUUUUUUGUUAUGUUUCUGUUCUGAAAAACACCUGCAACAUCCCUCCUGGAAGUGCGUCCACCAAAAGUCAUAGAGUCUGUCUGAUGUUGUCACAUUUUUGUAUUCUCCUGUUUGUGGUACUCAAAAAUAACAAGGGACUGACUGGCUACGGGAACUAAGAUGUUUCUUCUUAGAACAAGAGAGGCUGGGUAGAGGCUGAUCUCAGCUCCACUGGUGUAAAUGUAGAGGAAUUCUAUUGACUUCAACUCUUAACCGCAGCCUUUGGCUUCAGUGGAGUUUUUCCAGAUUUACACUAAUUGAACUAGGUGAGAUCAGAAUCUUGCCCAGUAUGUUGAAGGAACUAAAUUUGGCAACUUCAUUGUCAUAAAAAUUACUAAUGGAGUCAACUGCAAAAGUUUGAGAGAGGGAGUGGGGCAAACAUCAUAAUCAAAACUUCAGGCUCUAGUCCAAGGCAAAGACCUGAUGAUGCAUUCUUUAUUCAAGUGAAGUUCCCAGUGAAGCCUGAAGCACAAAUGGAAGUUUUGCCUGUGUAAAGACUGAAGGGUCAAGCAAUUCUUCUGUAUUUUGGUAUUUCAGUCCUAGGCAAAUCCAGGAAAGGGGGGAAAAUUGGGGGAAUUAAAUCCUGAAUUUACAAAUUUCAGAAAGGUAUUGGAUUUGGAUUCCGUAAGGGCAAAGGUUCAUCCAUGUACUUAUUCCUUCAUGAUCAUUUUGCUGCUGUCUAAUUAUAAUAAAAUCGAAAUACAUGAGAUAAAUGCAUGCCCUUGAUAUAUACCAUCUCAUGGCCUUUGAAGUCAAUGGGGAGUUUUGCUGGCUAAGAACUGCACAAUAAGUUUUAAAAUUUGGCCCUAAAUUUAUAUACAAGUAUUUCCUUUUCAAUUAGUUCAAAUAUUUAAAAAUGAGGUGAUUAUUUGUGCAUUGGCAAUUUCUUCCCCGAGAUGAAAGUCUGGCACAGUUCCCUUCUGUUAGCCCAACUCCACAUUUAUACAGCGAUAGUCUCUUCGAAGAAUUUUCCUAUAUGCCUGCAGCCCUAGAGAGCCAACCUGAACCAAGAUUUAUUAUGAAGUAUAUACUUGUUAAAGUGUAUAAUAAUCAGCAGUCACAGUAUGAACAGUCUUGCAAUAUAGCCAGCAAACAUUAGUUUGCAUGCAGUUAUGCUUAUUAAGAUUCAUCAACCACAUGAGGCCAUGAAAACAAAUGAAAGAAUGGGCGUUUCUUAUUUCUGAAAGGCAGCUGCACCUACAGCCAGCCAGUUUGGAUGGCAUUGGACGUCUGAUAUCAAAGACCAUACAAGAUACUGUCAAAAGGCCCCUUCCACACCUUUACAAUAUUUGGUUCCUCAACAUGUUGGGCAGGUCCAGACAAGCGUGCAUGUGUGACAUGCAGGACGCAAAUCCAUCUGCAGUGCUGCACACCACAUGUACCACACGUGCAGGCAUUCCCCCUGCUCCUAAUUUGCAGUGUGGGGGCAGUUUUUGAUACCAAGAGAUCACAGUGUCAAAAAAACCAUACCUGAAAAAAACAGUGGCACAUGUGGUGGCAGCAUGCACCACCCAAAACUAGAGCCUGGCUGGGCAGAGCCACACUUCGGCUGCCAGCCAGGCUCCCUACUGCCAGAUCGCGCCGCUGAAGCCCUGGGAGGCCCCCAGGACCCCAGAUGAGGCUGCUGAGGCCAGCCCAGGUGCUGGCCCCAGCCUCCCUUACCCUACUCAGGGCAACUUGCCAUGUGCCAGGGACAUUCCCCGACACACAUUGUGCUGCUGCUACUUGUCCCCCAGAAAAGCACGUGCACACUCAUCUGGACACCCCCAUUAUGGGCAAAACUCAUCACUGAUGUAGGUUGCACCUGUUUAUCCCAAUGUUACAUUUGACCUCUCCCACAUUAAGAAAUAAAACUUCCAAAUGCCAACUCUCUUAUUAAAGAAGAGAUAUUUGUUUUCCAGUAUGUAUGAUAUUGCCAUAUGCUAAUAUGAUUUAUGCCCUUAAAGAAAUGUUACUUUUCUGCAAGGCAAAGGAAACCUUCUGAAAACUAAAAGUUCACAUUCAACAUGCAUAUCCCCUUUGUUGCUGGUGUUACCUAAGCCACCAAUAAGUGUCCUUUGACACCAAUGGUAGGGUGCCACAACUGUUCAUAACUGUAAAUACUCAGAAUUUUGCUUUGCUUGAUUCUGGCUUCGUCGCACAUUAGUCUUCAGCUUAAAAAUGAAAACUUGUCAUUUUUGUUUUUAAAUAGAAAUUAAUACUUUUGAUGUUCUGUAGGUCUGAGCAAAGAUUAACAUUCAAAAUGCAAAAGGGACCCUUACAAUAUUACAGCUAUGCUACACUUACAAGAAGACAAAAAUUCUAUUUGGACUCAAAGUGAAGGCCCACCGCAAUGAGAUCUUUUUAAGAUGCCAGUUAGCCAAAUUCACUUUACAAUCCAAACUCUUUGGUGAUGUAAAGUAGUAAAGGUCCAUUGAAGCCAAUGGAGCCAUACCCAUUUACAUCCCUGCAGAAUUUGGCCCUAUAUUUUUAAAAGCGAAAGGCUUUAUGUAAUCUCAGGGACAGAAGACAUCUGUCCAUGCAUCUGCUUGAAAACCAGAGGGGUGGGGGAAAGGAAAAGCAGUAGUACUCAGAUGAAAGCAUGUGAAUGGGGUAAUACUCCAUGAAAGGGAAUGACAACCAUUUCAUUAAGAUGUGUUUAUUUAUAACCAAUCCACAUCAUUUCUAUCUAAGUAAGCUAGAUCAAAAACUUAGGGUAGAAUACCAGCCCUAAUAAUAUCCCUGGGGAAACUCACAUUGAACUCACUCAGGGGGAUCAGAAAUCUACCCCACAUUUUUUAAACUUACCAGAACCUUGAAAAAAGACAAUGGAUUUGUCAAAGCACCUACGCACAGAUAUUUUAAACAAUUAUGUUUGACUGUGCCACACUGCCACACCUUUUAGCCUCCUUGAUAAUUUGCAAUUAAGACUAUUUCAGGACACAUCAGUUCUGAUCUGUACUCGGUAUUUCAUGGUCAUUGUGCAGUAUUUCAAUUAAGAUCUGUCCCCAGUCACAUCAUUUAGUUUGUAAGUCCUGUUAUUUCUGUUUCUGACAUAUUAACUUCACUUUCCCUCAUUUGACCAACAACUUUUUUUUUUUGUAAUCACAAUGCUGCUGGCUUGAGGUACAGGUACAGGGCACUUUUGAGCCCUUUGUGAUGGUUGGUGCACAUAGUUCUUUUCAUAAUGAAACAUUCCCCACUGGUUUGUUUUGGGGGCAGAGUCUCCAUGUUACUUCGAAUUUUGACGCCAUGACACCUGAAUCUGAAAGGUUGGCCACAGCUUCUAAACCACCCACAUCUUUUUCUCUUUUUUUGUUUUAAUGUUCUUUUAUUAGUUUAGUACUUUGACUAGAUUUUGGGUCACUGCACCAAACUUUAACAUGGAAGAGUCCUGCUUUUUAAAUCAAUCCAGUGAAGCAGUUCUUAAAUGGGGAGAAAAACCUAAAGAUGCAUUACUAUGUAUGCCCUCAAGGACAUACCAGCAUGUUGGAACAAACUUGUGACCACUUAGGGAAAUCACAUCUCUGUCACCAAGCUACGCAUCAUGGCAACGAGGAACUUCACGGAGCCAGUGGUAAUAGCACGUGCAUCCUCCUACUUCAAAAGCACAGGCUCUGUCACCCUCUGUUAGCUACUAACAGGCACGGCCGAUGACCCACAAAUAGUUCUGACUGUAUUCUUCAGAGGGCAGACAUGGGCCUACGGGCGAGCCAGCAUGGUAGGCCACGUCUACACUGCAAAAUUAUUAUGCGUGGCAGCAGCAUGUUCAAACAUGCCAUGUGGCUUCACACAAGCUGCCUCCAUAAGCAUGUAGCCAUGUUCAAGCAAUGCUGAAGGUAGAUUAAUCAGCCUGUGGGUGGGCUAAUGGGUAUUGUCACUCAGCCCGCUCAUUGCAGUGGGCAAACAUGGCUAUAUUGCUUCUGUAGGUUUAGGAGGCACCCUGCUCAGAGCAGCACAGGGCAUUUUAGGGCAUCAUUGCCAGGCAUGGAAAGCUUUCAGUCUAGAUGUGGCCUUGGAGAAAUAAAAGCAACACAAGGUAAGAAAAAAGUGUGAAAUGUAAUAGCAAACAAAAAACUAGAACUAUGUCCUGUGGCUCUCCAGGCUGCCUUGGAUGGGAUUAUUAAUGAGUCUGGAAAAUGACGUUAUUGUGAACCCAGAUUGAACAAAAGGCAGAAAAUGCAAGACCUCUUUCUCACCUGCCUUGUACCUUUUUGGAUUUUUUUCUGUGUGCGCAAAGCACAGGACAUGGUGAAUCUGGCCUAACAUUAUUACAUACGCACACAUGUACUGUGCACUCGCUGAAAGGAUAUGAAUAUCCUCCUGGCCUGGCUGGUUCUACACAGCCUAAGCUCUCCAUCUAUCAGAUUUCGUGAAAGUAAAGAGCAGUGCAUCAGAAAAUGUUUUCUCACCAUUUGAGCACUUAUCAACACCCUAAUGUUUUGGGGCAAUUGUAAUUCCAUUAGUCAUCUAGUAGUGUACUUAAUCUGACAUUUUUUGUAACUUUAAUUUAGUCCUUGUUGAAGUUUAUUGAUCUCUCCAGUUGUUUCCAUAAAAAUAAGUUAACAACAAAUUUUAAAAAAAAUCAAUGUCUUUAUAUGCAUGUAGUGGUAUGAAACUGUGAUCAAUGUGUGACAUUCAGAAACUGUACUGUCUUGUAAAAUAUGUCCAAAUGUCUAAGGAUUUUAAAGCAAUGGUCCCUUACUACAGACUGCGGAAAUAAAUAAAAAGCUAUGAAUAAAACUGA